AUGAUGAAUAAAACAUCACAGUCAAAAAAACCUGCGAGACCCCAGACCGUUGAUAUAAUCAUCAAAUUUGGGGGAAGCGCCAUCACCGACAAAACUUGCUUCGAGACAUUGCGACCGGCCCAGUUGGCGGCAGCAGUGGAUUGUGUCCGUCUGUGUGUUGAGAAUGGACUUUCAUGUAUCGUUGUUCACGGUGCUGGAUCAUUUGGUCAUCACCAAGCAAGAAAGUUUCAGAUCAACACAGGGUUUGUCACCACCCACACAAAGGAGGAACGACAGAACAAAAUAUUGGGCUAUUCUUUAACACGACAGUCUGUUACCAAGUUAGACCAGCUGGUAAUCAACCGUUUGAUUGAAGGAGGUGUUCCAGCCAUUCAGUGUUCACCAGGCAGCUCAUGGGAACUGGACAAGAGGCAGCCAGUAAAGUGGCCCAAGGAGUUGGUGGCUGGGUUUCUUCUGCAGGGUCUCGUCCCUGUCUUCCAUGGGGAUUGUUGCCUUGAUGCUGCUCUAGGCUGCUGCAUUCUCAGCGGGGACACUGUUAUCAAAUCUUUGUGUGGAUUCUUUGAUGUGAAACGAGUUGUCUUCCUCACUGAUGUUGAUGGGAUAUAUGAUAAACCACCAGACCAGCCAGGUGCAAAGCUGAUGAAGACUAUCUCUGUCGGCCAUGAUGGUUCACUGAAGCAUGCCAUCUCAACUUCUCAGUCGAAGAAUGAUGUUACAGGGGGAAUUAUGCUAAAACUCUCCACGGCAGUGGACAUUGUUGUCCAGACAAAGGGGUCGUGUGUGGUUCAUGUGUGCAGUGUCGAGUCACCAGCAGCUUCCCGCGUCUGUCUGGAGAGUGGCCAGCACAAAUCUGGCGACUUUACAACAGUAUACCUAGAGAAUCAUGAAGUAAAUGGAACAGCUUCACCAAACAGUAUCUUAAAUGAUGAAGUCUUGCCAAAUGGAAUUAAUACAGAAUAA